AUGCAGCACAACAGCAGCAGCGACAGCGACAGCGAGGGCAAGGGCGGCACGCGUAUGACAUGGCGAAAAUUAUGCCGCAGUAGCGCAGCUGUUGAUUUACCAGAUCUCAAGCGCUACAACACUCGGCAGACGUGGAUCGCAGCUCGUUCCAUCUCGCUCGGCCACACGCGUAAAAUGGAAGGCAGAGGCGCCAAACUACGAAACAUUCGACUCCGCUCGCUCCUCGCCCUACCCCAUGCGAUGCUUAACGACCUCAACGAGAGACGACCCGCGACGGCCAUCCUCGCUAGCCCCGCGCGCGCUAUCACUGGGCAAUGA